AUGAUUCGAUUGGGCCACGGCUACGACAUCCACCGCCUGGACAGCCGGGAGAACGCGGGCCAGCCCAUCGUCAUCGCCGGCGUGCGCUUCGACGGGAGCCCCGGCCACGCGCCGGACUUCGAGCUCGGCUGCGUCGCGCACAGCGACGGCGACGUGAUCUACCACAGCGUCGUCGACGCGAUCCUCGGCGCGCUGACGAUGCCGGACAUCGGCUGCCUCUUCCCGGACAACGACCCGCGGCUCCGCGGCGCCGACAGCUCCAUCUUCAUGGAGGAGGCCUACAAGCGCAUGGUCGCGCGCGACUACCGCAUCGGCAACUGCGACGUGACUUUGAUCUGCCAGAAGCCCAAGGUCAACGUCGAGAACGACGCCGGCGAGUCCGUCAAGCAGCUCAUGCGCGAGAACCUGAGCCGCCUGCUCCACACGCCCAUCGAGUGCCUCAACGUCAAGGCGCGGACGCACGAGAAGGUCGACUCCGUCGGCGAGUGCCGCGCGAUCGAGUGCCACGUCGUCCUCACGCUCGAGCGCACGGCCUAG